AUGGCUUCUUCUUCAGACGCACCGCUCGCAACUCUCCAUCCCGACCUCUUUCACGCUCACAUCCUCAGUCGUCUUGACGGUCCGUCUCUCGCCUCCGCCUCCUCUCUGUUCCGCCGCCUGUGCCUCCACGACUCUCUCUGGCGUCAAAUCUGCACUGCCACGUGGCCCUCCCUCCGUGACCCCAGUCUCCGUUCCGUCAUCUCCGACUUCCCCGCCGGCCACCGUUCCCUUUUCCUCGACUCCUUCCCCACCCUCCAUCGUUAUUCCCGGCCCGAUCAUCUCGAUCCUUCAUUUACCCCCACAAAGGAAUGGAUUUCGGCCGUGGAUAUUUAUUAUCAUGACAGGCCCAUGUUCUCCAAGGUCCAUCGGACCCAGACUCACACGGGUUGGUUCGAGUGCUCCCCUCUGUGGAUCGACCUGCUUGGCGCGAAAGAAUCUGUUCCGACGCCGCUUAAAUACGCCAGCAAGGACGAGGAUUGGAUGAAGCACCUGGAGGAAAACUUGAGCCUCAGCUGGAUCCUGAUCGAUACAUCCCGGAAUCGUGCGGCGAAUCUGUCGAGCCGCAGGCCGGUGUCGGCGCAGCGUCACUGGUUGACCGGAGAGCUGGAGCUCGUUUACGCGGUGGUGAUCGCGUGCGAUGAAAGGCCGUCGGAGUGGGUCCAAUGCAACAUAAAGGUGACGUGCACGUGCGGCGAGGAGGUUGGAGGGGAGAUGCGAGUGAAAGAGGUGAGCUUGACGGUGGAAGACACCGACGGAAGGAGUGUGAGCGGGAAGCAGAGCAUGGCGAUUCUGCAGAGCGCGGUUGAAAGCGGGAAGAGGAGAAAGGUGAAUGAGGAAGAAGCAAAGGCGAGGUUCGAGGAGUUCUUAUCCGUCAAGAGAGACAGGAGGGAGAAACAAGAGAGGAGGGAUCAGGCACUGGACAUGGUUUUGAUUGUCGUUGUCGUCACCAUGUUCGCUUUCUUGUGCUGGUUCUUCUUCUUCUGA